UAACGACAGCGCGAAUCACUUCAUAGAAACUGACCGACCGAGCCAGAGAACGAUAUUUGCGAUUCGCGAUGAAGAAGCUGGCGAGAAAUUGGCGAAAAUCUCAGGACUCGAAGUCAUCUCUUCCAACUUGGGAAGAUCCUUCCCUUGAUGAUUCUCGUCCCAUGGACACUGAAGAACAAGAAGCGUUUGUUCGAGAGCUUGAAAGGACCCAAGCUCAGCAGUCUCUUCUAUGGAGGCGGGUGUUCGCCGGACUUCUCUUCUGCUACGCUAUGUUUCAACUGUACUCCAUCUACCAACAGACAACUUCUCCAUGGGAACUUAGAUACCAUGCUUACUUUAUGGAAGAUAUCGAUUCAUGGAGGGUAAUCUCUGCAGAUUGGUUAGCUGUUUUUGCAUGCUCAAUGGCCAUUGUGGGGUUACUUCAUAAUUCAAUGCAUCGAAGGCGAUGGAUUUGGUACUCGAGCUUUACUGGACUCAUACUUGCAGUGUUCUGGUUAUAUUACAUGCUAAGAAUUAUUUGUUUGUGCCACAGGAUGUCAAGAUUUCGAUGGGAUGUCCUCUGGCUUCCAUUCGGUCCUCUUAGCGGAGCUGUUAUUUGUCUCUAUAUUGACCAUCUACUUACCCAGUCAUCAGAAGAAGUGAGAAAGCUUAGAGGCUACAUGUAUGCUUACAAGGCCAGCUAAAUUUCUGUCAACCUCCAUUUUCAUUUGUUUUCUUUUAUUGGGAUUGAAUUCAUGGAGUGGGUUUUUCAAGCAUGGAUCACUUUUACAUCUCAGAAAGAAACAACCUCCUCUUGCCUUUCUGUACAAAAACCACCGAGUUUUUCCCUUGAUUUCACAUGUGGUCACAAGAUGGAUGGCUUGAAGUUGGCAUUUUGUUUCUCACAAGUAAAUUUCUAUAGAAGUUUGCAGGCUUUUUAAAUUGCAUCCCCCGUGGGCAACCCUCUUUUUUAGUCCGUGCCCACGUGUUUAGAUAUGAUACGUUUAUCUGAAUGAAUCUAUUUAUGUUCUGAUGUAGUAUGGUGCAUCUGUGUUUAGAUAUGAUUUGUCCAUCUGAAUGAAUCUAUUUAAUAAUUUAUGUUCUGAUGUAGUACGACCCAUCUGAAUGGGUAAAUAUUGCACCGUCCACCGUGAGUCGAUAUGCUCAACUCACUGAUGGGUGAGAGAUGUAUAGACAAUAGUGGUGUAAUUGGAGGAUGGUUGUGUUGGUGGUUUUCCAGAUACUGAGACUCGAGCUACUUAUUUGGCAUCAAGUUGGAAACCAAAAAUGGAAGUCAAUAAAAUUACAUUUCUUUUUUUAA